CAGGAGAAGCUGCUCUUUCCCACAGACCCCCUACUUCUGGUGUCACUUCUCCUCUCAAGUACUGACUUGGAUCCUCUGAGGUGCCAAAUCGCACCUCACAGAGGAUAUAUACAGGAGGAACAUGGUCCACCAGCAACCACAACCUCACUCAGCAGAGACCUUCUCAACACUAUAGCCAUGGAUACCUCCAGCUCUUCUCUUCAGCUCCAAGACAGCAGCGCUUGCCUGUUUGACUGUGAGAACCUUUUGGAUCAGAGCUAUGCCGUAUCAGAUGCAGGCUACUACAGCGCCGGCAGCAGCCUGUCUCCAGCCUCUUCCACAGAUUCCUGUGGCUUCUCCCCUCCGGCUUACCCUUGUGGAGUGGGACAGGACAUAGCCCAGGUCAUCCCACACCACAGCAUCACCACCCAGGGGAGGAACAAGGUCCAGCCACCCAAGAGAACCGGGCGGCCAAGGUCAAAAUUCCCUGGAGUGAAACGGCAAACCGCAAGUGAGCGGGAGAAGCUGAGGAUGAGGGAUCUGACCAAAGCUCUUCAUCACCUCAGGUCAUACCUGCCUCCAUCAGUGGCUCCUGUUGGAAAAACCUUGACCAAGAUCGAGACGCUGCGGCUCACUAUCCAGUACAUCUCCUGCCUGUCUGCUCAGCUCGAACUCACUGAAGAUGAGGUUGAUUGUGGAGCUCAGGCCGAGGUCAAUGCUGCAUCAACCAUCUUUGACGGCUUCACUGCAACCCCUUCAGCUCCUCAAAGUUUACCAGCUCAGCAGUUCCCAUCUAUGACCUGUUAUCAGACUCAGAAUCCAGUCGAAGGCGAAUUCCUAUCCUUCCCAGCUCAGGAUUGUUGGUUUCUCGAACAACACAAUUUCUUCCACGGACAGUGCUGAUCAAAGCAGACUGAAACGCACCUGAAUGCAAAUAUUAAUUUGUGCAAUGUGUGUAAGAUAAUGAAAUACUUUAAUUUUGUGUAUAUGUCUGUACAGCUAUUUAUAUUUUUCUAUGUUUAAAAAUAUAUUAAUAUUUAUGAAUUGUAUGUUUUCUGGCAAAUAAACCCUUAAAAAAUCUUACAUCAGUUGUGUGUUUUAAACAUUACAUACAAAUGAUUUCAAUAUUAUUAAACAAUGUACACCAUAAAACAGAUCAUUAAGCAGCAUCCUAAUGAGGGACAGCUGUGAUGGUAAUUCCACGUUGUAAUUCACACAUUUAAGGAAACACCCCUGCAGAGCAAGCAUUACAGUGGGCAGGAGAGUAAACAAACUCUUACAGGUGAGAUCCUUUAAUACCCCUCAGACUGUAAACAAAGCUCUGUGGGGCUCUUCUUCUGAAAUGCAAGGUCUGAUGCCUCUUUAAAGCUAAAAAGAUAAACGGAUGUGGUGUUUCCUAAUAUCUAAAAGGGUUAGGAUGCCUCAAGGGUGAGUAAAACACAGGC